CCACAAAUCAUUAAAGCUUAAAAUAUAAGGGGAAUACACAGAGACUGUUACUCUGCUUGUAUACUGUGUUCUGGCAACCAUGCCAUUCAUUUACAGGAAAUCCAUAGUAAUUUGUUUUAGUUUGCAGUUCUUGUUUUUCCUAUUUGUUCAUGGACUGCCAGGCUCAAUCGUCGAGACUCUGCCAGGAUUCGAAGGUGUUCUGCCAUUCAAACUUGAAACCGGAUAUGUAAGUGUGAAUGAAUCCGAACUGUUCUAUUUAUUCGUUGAAUCGCAAGGGAAGCCUCUAGAAGACCCUCUUUUAGUCUAUUUGGUUGGAGGCCCUGGCUGCUCGGCAUUGACCGGAUUUUUCUUCCAAGUUGGUCCACUAAUUUUUAAUACAACUGAUUAUCUUGGGGGCUUGCCAGAACUGUUGUAUAACCCUUAUUCAUGGACAAAGACAGCUAGCAUAAUAUUUAUAGAUUAUCCUGUCGGCACCGGUUACUCCUACGCAACAAGAUCAGAAGGUUACCAUAUGACAGACACAGCAUCCGCAAAACUAGUGCACCAAUUUUUGAGAAAGCAGUGGUUGAUUGAUCAUCCUGAAUUCACCAAAAUUCCAUUCUUCGUCGCGAGUGAUACGUAUGCUGGUAUAAUCACGCCAAUUGUCGCGAAGGAAAUAUUCGAUGGUAAUGAAGCUGGACUACAGCCACACAUAAAUCUAAAAGGAUUCGUGAGUGGAUCACCGCAUACUGAUACUGCCCUAGAGCAUAACUCUAGAGUACCUCUUGCUUAUCGUCUGGCACUAAUAUCACGGAGUCUUUAUGAGUCAGCCAAAAACAGUUGCAAGGGGAAUUACGUUGAUGUAGAUCCCUCUAAUGCACCAUGUUUAGAGGAUCUAGAAAAAAUCAACCAGUGCAUUACACAAAUUAACAAAGAAAAUAUUUUAUAUCCCAAAUGUGCCCGAUUAUCCCCAAAUUCGAACAAUGAGGAACAAAGUAGAAGAUUUCUCAAGGCAAAUUCUCAGCGUUUCCCUGCUCUAUCUUCUAAAAUUCAAGACUAUUGGUGCCAGAAUUUUGAGUACGUACUUGUUGAUGCAUGGGCCAAUGAUGAAAGAGUUAGAGAUGCUCUUCAUGUUAGAAGGGGAACAGUCACAACAUGGUACAGAUGCAAUUCUUUCUUGCAGGAUGUCUUAUACACAUAUAAUGUUUUCACUGCUGUUGAUUACUAUCAAAACCUGACAAGAAAAGGCUUACAAAUUCUGAUUUACAGUGGAGAUCAUGACAUGGUUGUUCCAUAUAUAUCAACUGAAAAAUGGAUAAAUUCUCUUAAUAUAACAGUAGACAGAGAUUGGCGACCAUGGUUCGUCGAAGGCCAAGUUGCAGGGUAUACAGUCAAGUACACAGAUUAUGGAUUUCGUCUGACAUUCGCGACUCUGAAGGGGGCCGGUUACUCUCCUACUCAGUACACGCCUAGAUGGUGUUAUAACAUGUUUGAAAGGUGGAUCCAUUAUUAUCCAUUGUAAGUGGCAAGUAAGCAAGGUGGUUGACAGUAAUUCUGAAUUGACGAAGAACUGUAUGUCUUUAGAGUUGCUGUUUGAACUUUUUAAUUGAAUAAACUUUUGCUCUAUAAGGCAAUUGAAUAAAAACUUUGUUCCAAUUAA